AAUAGAUAGCGGUUGAUGAAGGACAACAUCUCAUUGAGUGUCUCCUCCCUUGUUUAUUUCACUGCCUAGAAAAUCUAAAGCUCAAUCGUGAUCAUGCUCAUUGAAUAGUGAUAAAAAGAGUGCAUGUUAUCAAUCCGUCAUGAGCAUGAAGUACUUGUGUGAAUGUUGUUAUUCUGACACAGAAGGCCUUCUGCCUCCCGUUGAUCAGUACGUGAAAGCUCCUCCUUCAUCGGCUGAGAAAGGUGUUUUGUGUGCUCUAUCCAAUGACUCAUUGGAUCGUCAAGGGUUCUCGAAUCCAGGAAAGGCAGAGAUAGCCUUGAGAAGAAAACCUCGACCCGCGAGUUGGAACGUGGUCAGCAACAUUUCUGAAGAGCGACUUUUAGCUAAUCAGUGGAAUAACAACAGGACCUAUAAUCCAAUGGCUGCUAGUGCCAUGGAACUGGGCCUGGUUUUGGGUGGAUCGGAACGUGGAACAACUUACUUUCAAGCGGAUAUCUUUAACCUGUACCAGUACAACAUGUGGACUCAACACUUCAAUGCUCAGUUCAAUAGAAGUUUCGUCAUCUCCAACACCGGCAACCGUCGCCCUUACUCGUCAUUCUACGGCCCUUCCGCAUCCUCGUCGUCCUCCCCGCCCCCGUCUCAUUCAAGUGGCCAUCAACGACCCCGGUCUCCGUAUUUUGAUCCCCCGUCUUCGUCGUCGACGAGCGGUUUCUUUUCGGCCUCCACUUCGGAGGAUGAUGCUAUGAGGGAACCGGGAUCCUCGUCGGCACCUGCCGGUCCUCAGCAUCAGUCAAAUCCCCACCCAACACGGGCCGGUGGUGGUGGUGGUGGUAGUAGUGGUAGUGGUGGUUUGUCGAAUUUGUCUCCGCAGCAACUCCAAGAAAUGGCUCAGCGACAACAGCGACAGAUUGACUCUCAGCAACAACUCCUGGUGGCCAAGGAACAGCGACUCAAAUAUCUCCGCCAACAAGAUUACAAGCAACAACAGAUGGCCGCAGAGUAUGAGAGGCUGAGGAGGCUUAGAGAAAAGGUGGAAGCCCAGGAGCUCAAACUGCGGAAACUGCGAGCGCUACGUGGCCAGGCCAACCAUGGCUCCUCCAACGGUGGUCCACCCGCAAAUGCGGCAGUACUGGCAGAUUUGGAAUCCAUUCGCUCACUUUUCGGGGAAAAGGAAAAGGAAUUGACCGUCGCCGUUCGGAAAGUAGACGAGCUGACCCAUCAGUUGGAGGAUCUCCGAUCGGGAAGAGUCAACAACAUAUAUCCGCCUCAAGUGAUGGAGCUGGAGCGGCUUCGGAGAGAACUGGCUUAUCGGAAGCAAUUGAACGAGCAACAGAAUAAUAUGAUAUCGCAACAACGAGCCCAAUUAUCCAUGGGACAAGAGGAGAUGAUCAAGAUCGAUAAUCGUAUUUUAGAACUCCAAGAUCGUUUGGCCCGCAAACGAAUGAUGAACCAGCAAUUGGCCAAUCAAAUUAAUGCUGCGACCACGGCGAAACAAGCUCAACUACGUGCCAUACAACAGGGUAUGAACAAGAACAAGAACAAUAAACCCGUGUCCACGGUAGAACCGUUCCAACGUCAAAUGAGCUCGGAACAACACCUUCAAGACGAUUUGCAAAACAAAUUAAAUAAGAAUGAGCCUAGUGACCCCAAGUAUCAGACUUUGCCGUUUGGAACGAAAUUUGGGGGUCCAAUGCCCCCUCCCGGAGCAUAUUCGAAGAACCAGAAAAUCGAGCAACUCAAAAUGGAGAAAGAGAACAACAACGUUCAAUUUGCAGACAACUUGCCCACUCCACCACCACCGCUGUCCUCCAGCACUUCGUCUGGUAUGGCUUUUAAUCGGCAUUCCUCCGGUGCCAGUAGUGGCAAUGGCCAUGCAAUGGACAGUCAAGGCAACUACAACCAGACCUUGGCUUCUAAUGCCAAUGAUCCGAGAGCCAUUGAUAGUAUCACCAAACCAAUUAGUUCUGUGGCGCCCGUUUUCUCAGUGUCAACCUCUGGUGCCACACCAGGAACUCAAUCCCUAUCACGCCCCACCGAUCUAUUCCCACCUACGCCAGAUAAUUACAAUCUCGCUCCCAAGAGUCAGUCCACGCCGAUUGAUCUUCGAGAAUCUCCCGAUUCGUCAAACAAACCUAAACCAGCUCUCCCCCCUAAGCCUUUGGUGUCCAAGGGCAACAAUAAUGGGGCUCAGCCUCCUCCUUACGUGCCCGCCCCGCCUCCCGAUGGCUCGAGAAAGUCUGAGAUGACCAACGAGGACGAAACGGCCAUCACCAUUCGGGGCAAUCAGGUCUAUGAAACCACAUCGAAUCUCUCAGUGUCCGCACACCCGGAGGAAGGCACAUCGGUGGAUGAUGACUCGCCCACACAAUCCGACGAUACCGAAAGUCAUCGAUUGAAUGGUGGAGGCAUGCAAGUCAAUAACCACAACGUGCACAUCAGUAUCAACCGCCGAAUUGAAAUGCCCCCGGCGUUCCACUUUCCCGAGGACCAAACGCCCCCCUCGGAUCUAAUAGCUAACGAUUUCUCUCGGGACAUGGCGGAUAAUGCCGGCAUGUACCCCAUGAUGAAUCAGAUCUACAAGGAGUUUGAUCACCUCAGUAUCGAGGAGCGGAACCAGCUGUUGGCCCGAUCCUUGGAGGAGGAGGAAUAUCUUGUGCCAGAAAUCGAGUCAGACCACGAGCCCGUGACCAAACCUCCGGGUAUCCUUCGGAAGAAGGAUAAGCCUCCAUCUCGGGGACGGCGGAAUAUUUGUUUCGAUGCGUUAGCUCUUCUGCUCGAUGCCUCGCUGGAAGGCGAAUUCGACCUUGUUCAAGCCACGGCUCAAAAGAUCACAAACCUCUCGGCCGCCAACGAUGAAGGCAUCACUGCCUUGCACAAUGCUAUUUGUGCUGGUCACUUUGAUGUUGUCAAGUUCUUGGUAGAAUUUGGUUGUGACGUCAAUGCUCAAGACGCGGACGGUUGGACCCCGCUUCAUUGUGCUGCCUCUUGCAAUAAUCUGCCCAUGAUCCAAUUCCUAGUGGAGCAUGGCGCAUGUAUUUUUGCCACCACUUUCAGUGAUCAGGAGACAGCCGCCGAGAAAUGUGAGGAGGACGAAGAGGGCUAUCUGGGAUGCUCCGAGUAUCUUCUGGACAUUCAGGAGCAAUUGGGCACCAUGAACAAUGGUGAGGUCUUCGCCGUCUACGACUACCAAAAGGUCAACGCCGACGAGCUGUGCUUAGCCCAAGGUGACAAAUUGGUCGUGUUGAGAAGGGGCGACGAGGUCGAAGAGGAUUGGUGGUGGUCCACUUUGAAGAAACAGGGCGAUCAAUCAACCGGUCCCGAAGGCUACGUGGCCAAAAACCUUCUGGGAUUGUAUCCAAGAGUCAAGCCAUUGCACUCGGGCAACUCCAAUAAUGGCAACCCACCACCUCAGAGCGGACAGAUGUCGGAGAGUAGCGACUCUGACAAACAGGACGAGGAUAAGGACAAGGUACCAUCCUCGACAUCGUCCGGAUCUGCGUCUUCAUAGAUGAAAAGAACGAAUGAAAAGAACAACCCCCCCUUUUUAGAUGCAUAUUUGUGUAAUUGUGUAAAUAGUUCGCUCUCCACCCCCCUUUCCACUCAUAUAUAUUCCAUUAUAGAAUCAAUGCCUGUUGAUUUAUUUUUCCCUGCCUAGCUGCUGCUAAUAAUAAUAAAGUCUACCUUUCAGAUA